GUUUUCAACACGGAACGUAAAGUCAGACCUAAUAUAGAUAAACAAUAUUAUUAAGUCGUUGGUCGGCAAAGUUGUGUUAUCAAUGCAGUGAUUAAUUAAAUAAAUGACAAUAUUUAUCAGUUAUGCAAACAGUUAUCAAUAGAAAGAUAAAAAAAACGUUAUCGCGAGAUACUUGAAUUUGGGGCGUGGUAAAUAAAUAGUUAAUAGAUUUAUUUACUCCUACGUUCAUAGUUACGAGUAAGUACGCAAAAUGUUUUAAGGACUGUUGAUUUGAUAUACUUUAUAACGUAGGUAUUAGAUUUAUUUAAUUUUGACUUUUAAUCAUGUAUACCGCUCCACCGUCUGUCGAUCUCAUAAAACGUUGAUAUGAAAUUCAUUACAAAACAAAGGUAUCCCCUGUAACGGGCUUAUCUGUGUCUAUGUGUGCAUACAGAAGCUACUACAAGCGUGGACACCCCUGGAGACAUAUUCCAACCAAUAAUCAGGUCAGACCAGUCGAUUUCUUAAUAAAACCAGCUUAAACGAGGUUGCCGCAUCCCGUGUAGAUGAUAUGGAUGUUGAAUCUCAAGUUAUACUGGUUAAAGCAGCUAUAAGCUUCUAAUACGUUUGCAAACAAUGAUAAUACGUGGCCAGGGCAGUUCGGGCAUGCGCAGAGGGUAGUAACCACACCGAUCAAAACAAGACCCGACGUGUCACUGUCCUAAAUCAGUCAAAAUAUCAGCGAACACUGGAAAACUGUGCUUGGUUUGAUAAACAAGAUACUUUCGGGAACAGACGUGUGUAUUUCAGCUUCGAAUCUAAAAAAAACAGUGCUUCUACUAUGUAAACAUGAUCGACCAUAAAGCAUUGGUUUUUAUCGCGUUUUUGAUACUCUAUUGUUUAGAUUGCCUCCACAGUUGGUUCUGGCCUGAGAAUGUUAUAAAAGAAAAUGAUUUGCCGCCAGAAUUCUCUGAGAUUCCAGUCCCUGACACACUUCUCCAGGAAGAGAUUAAAGUAAAGGCUAAAAUAGCUAAAAAGACCAUUCCAUUGUUUUUCUACAAUGCUUGCAGCAUCUUGGAAGUGUUUACGGAAAAGCCAGCGACUAUACAGAAAAACAAAACAAGACCGAAAGAAUUAGACAACAGCAGCAACGCUAUAGCGGUCAUUGGUAUAACAGUAUUCUUAGUGGCUUUAGGCGUUAAUGCAUUUUUAGACGCACUUAAGGCUAAAGAAGAAGAACGGGAACGGAGAAAAUUGAAUCCUAGUGGGGAGAGAAGGCAGUCAUUGGCAGAAUUUGCGAAUAAGAAACAGUUGCGACGAGAAUCUAGCAGAUUCGGAAUUCAGCUCUUUCAAAUUGCAGAGUCUGUGGUCAGUGGAGAGGAAAAGAAUAGGCGCCAAAGUCGUCCUUAUACCCGGGGGGACUCCACUAAUUCCUACUUAUCUGAUAGAAAGGUUCAGAAUGAGAGUUCGACCCCUACAGAGACAGCGGAGCCGAGGCUGCUGAAGAGACAGUCGGUUGCUAAGCUCUUUGGUCUGUCUGACGACUGAAAAAGAUUUUCAGGACGUCGCCCAGUGCCGAUGGUGAGGCGAUCCUCUUUCCCCGCCCUGCCCCUCAACCCCGACGUGCAAGCAAUCAUGCUGAGCCACCGGCAGCCAUCAUUCGACAGUGACGAUGAAGAUGGGAAGGGACGACGCGUGAGGAUCAUAAGAAGAUAUUAGAUCUUAAGUCCUAUGGAACUGUUUACAUCAGGAGCAUCGCCAGGUCGCAUAAAGUUUAAAUUAGAACGCAGGUUUUAAAUUAGGACGUACGCCAAGAUGCGUCAUCAGAUAAAGGUCUACUGCGAAGUCCAAUUAAGGAGCAUUUAGAAGAGGGAAAGAAGUGGUCCAAUUGCGAAAAACGGUGUUCGUGGUAGGUGCCUCUUCUCUGAUAAGCUAAUGGGGGGCUACGGGGGGAGUUGGUACAGCUACUCACCAAGGGAGUGGAAUAGAGUACAAUUGGAAACAAAUGUUAUUCCCCUGACAUUUUGACCCCCUUCAUAGUGAAGUUUGCGCCUUUGCGCUUCGCGCAUUAAUUGACUUUUUUUGACGGUCUAACCGUCAGACCUCAUAAAAACAACGAGUGAAUAAAAUGAAUGAAGAGACAAAAUAAAAAUUACUUUUACAUUAAAAUGUCAGUCAGAUGCCGCUGCACUCUUGUGACAUGUUGUAUAAUCACUUGUUUCCAUUGGUAAUAAGUUGUAGCCACUACUUAGAAACAAUCUUUCCAUCUUGUACAAGCAACCUUAGUUGUAGGAGGACAAUUUAAAACAUAACCCUUUCAAGCGAGCAACGUUUAUAGACGUCGCCGCAUAAGCGUUAACUGAGUGUUUUUCAAAAUAAAUCUCGACAAUCGAAUUUCGCCAAAUCUGGACGUGUUUGGGCUCAUUCUUCUCAGAAUCAUCCAUAUUAAAAAUAAAAUAAAAGUUAUUUAAACAAUAAUUAGAACUUUCGUUACUUAUUAUGAAUGCUGUAGAUAUCAAUGAAUAAUUGGUAAUUUUGUCAAAAGAGUAAUCUCGGAGUAUUUAUUUACUAUUUAUAUAGAAAUACUAGAAGAAAGGAAAUGCCUAGUGGGCAAUCGAAUUUUGUAUAGCAAAAAAAUAACUUUAUUGUUGAAUUAUUAGUUACUUAAUGAUGUUCUCUUAUUAAAGUAGGUAUUUUCAUAUUUACUCUUACUAAGAAUACAUUUAUUUUGUUUGUGAUUGACCUAUACUUUUAUACGAGUAUAUGAGCGAGUCUAUGAGUGUUAAAUAUUUUUGAAUCCUAAUUAUGCACUGUAUGUUUUAUCUUAUUCAGUGUUGUUAUUCAUUUAUUUAUAUAAAAAAAUAAUUAUCGUUGUGUGAUAAACAUAGGUCUAAAAAUGUAUAUAACGUUAGUAAAGAAUUUAACAUAUCUUUAUCUAUUUACAAGUCUGAUCCUGAACUGCGAAUUAUAAUUGCGAUGUGAUAAGCAAAAUUGUAUUAUUCUUUGGCGCAUCCACUUUUCAGUAGAUGAAAACGGCAAAUAAUAAAAUGUAAGAACGUUAAUUUAAAAUGAUUUAAUUAUUUAUUUAUGCCAGAGAAAUUUCCUAGUUUCAGACUGGUUGAAACAGUUUUUUUUCUAUCUAGGCACCUUUAUAAUAAAUUAAGAAUAUUUAAAAUAAUUCAGGGUAAUGUUGGCCGCUUGAGUAUUUAAUCUAUGUAAUAAAUGUAAUAAUACAAUACCAUAUACAGUAAGAAAAUAAUGAAAUUCUUCUAGUAGGUAGGUACUUUUUAAUACCUAUUUUUAUCUUUACAUAUUAUAGGUACAUAAUAGCAAAUGGUUAUUAAUAGGUAGAUAUUCAAAUACAAGAUAUAUCUAUUUAUACACAACACAUAUAGGUACCUAUCUGUACUGAAUGUAUGUAUACUACUCGAUUAUGUCCUAUAUUUCAUAAUGAUUACAUUGUAUCUUAUCUAAUUGUAAUAUGUACAUAUGUAUUUUCCUACUUAGAAGACACGUUUAUACCUUCGUAAUUACCACAGAUUCUAGA